CAUUUUGAGCAUUUAAUCUGUGCUCAUCUCUUUCUUUAUGUCAAUAUCAAAAUAAAUGUCGACAUUCUGAAUUAAUUAUUACCUUGACAUUAUUUAACUGGUAAACUAUGAUAUCAUUCAAAACAUGUCGAUUUCCGUACUGAUAGUCAUUCGUAAUAUGACGCAGAUUAGUUAAUCUUUACAAUUUAGCGUAAUAUCAUCGAAAUGUAUUGUUUACAAUGGUUGAUUCCCGUUCUUUUGAUUCCGAAGCCCGUAAACCCGGCGUUAGUGAACACACACGUCAUGUUUAUGGUGUUAUAUCUAAUCGGAUUUUUCCUAGAGAGGAAACCUUGUACUGUGUGCAGUGUUGUCUUCCUGGCCGCUGUUAUUCUCAUCUGUUAUAGCGGCAUCGGCAGUUGCCUGUUCUGGGCGAGCCAGUGUGACGGUGAAAAAUAUGACACUUAGCGCUUCCAAAAGCUAGUUCCGUCGUGCUCAAAGUGCAAACAAGUGUUCCUUUAACCGAGAAAAAAAGUGUCAAUGUGUAACCAAACAGCUCGGUUUAUACUCAUUGCCACUUAGGAAGACAUUAAGAACGAAACUGUAUAAGUAUACUUUUGUAAAUGAAAUGUAUUUUAUUUACCAUUUGUGGAGUAUUAGUAUGUGAGAUUGAUGAUGACAUGUACUUAUGUAUCUAGUUUCUUGUUAUUAUUGAUUAUGUGAUCGCAAUGAUUUUACAGUUAUUGUUAGUAAUAUAUGUUAUGAUAUUGGAAUAAAAAUGUCGAAACUA